CCUUAUUCAAGCACAUUUCAAAGAUCGCUUACCUGGGAUCCAGAGAUGGCGUCUAAGCUUAUCUUAGGGUGUUUAGCACUCAUGGUAGUGUCUACCUACGCAAGAUCAACAUACAAAAGAAGCGCUAACCCGUGUCCUCCGGGAUGUCCCGGUAGUUGUGCGCCCGCGUGUGCGGUGUCUUGUUGUCUUCCUCCACCACCCGCUCCACCACCGCCCCCACCCCCGCCACCACCACCACCAGAGCCCGCUAAGCCCGGACCACCCGGACCUUCAGGAAGAAUGGGACCACCCGGACCUGUCGGACCUAUCGGACCAAUGGGAGAAGCCGGACCUCCCGGACCUCCCGGACCCCAAGGACCUCCAGGACCCCCAGGAGAACCCGCUCCUCCACCACCACCACCCCCACCGUGCCCACCUGUUUGCGCCCACACAUGCGUCUCGUCCUGCCCGACCCAGUGCUGCUCCGGCAGAAAGUAAGCGACCACGUGAUGAUGCGUUAACAUUAGCACGAGAUUUAGAAAUUCCUCCAACUUUAGCGUUCGUAAAGUACUUUUUCAGUGGAUUUUUUUUGUUGUAUUGCUUUGUACAAAUGAGAUAGAAGGCAGGGAAAAGCGAAUUGCCGAAGGUUCAUUCGUAGGUGUGAGCACGAGAGAGAAAUAUUCAAAUAAAAAAAUAUUUACUUUGUUUGAUUAA